AUGGCAUCGCUUCUCACGAUACCCUUGGAACUACUGGUCACCGUCUCAGAGUACCUUCCUACCGAAGAUUUAGGAUCACUCCGCCUGGCGUGCAAACAGACCGAGAAGUCGCUCUACGAAUGGUUUUCGAAAGAGUUCUUUUUCAAGAAACAGUUCAUGCUUACGCACAAGAGUUUGCAAGCACUCAUCGACAUAUCCAAACACGUGAGCCUCUCCAAGAAACUAUCACAUAUCAUCAUUGCCACCAAUGUUUAUGAUGAGAUACCACUGCGGUUCAAGGAUGAAGAUGCCGCUACACGCUAUAUUCAAGGCUACGAGGAUCAAAAGACGUUGUUGAGUACAGGAAUCGAUCGCGAAAUGCUCACAGAAGCAUUUGAGCGUCUCGACAAUCUCUCCACGAUCGGGAUCCGCGAUUUCAACGCUAGUAAUCGGGUUCGCGAUGGCAAGAGCUGGAGCUCCUGGGGUGCUACAACCGUUCACCGCGAGACCGGAAUUGAACUCCACUUCUCCGAUCGCGACUCUUUCGCGCAUGAACGUACACGUUUCGCAUCUCGCGUCUUUUCCAGUGUGUUGUACGCUUUGGGCAAGGCGAACCGAAGGCCAACUGAAUUCGAGAUCCUACUCCGCCAGCGUGGCCUUCCGGACACAGCGUUUUUCCUCCCAGAUUACAUUCGGCCAGCUGUUGGGCCUAUACUUCAGAACAUAACUACGUUGCUGUUAAAUGUGGAUCUUAAGCCUCGCUACUUGCAUACCCACAGCAACGGAACGUCUGCCGACCCGAACGCGGGACGAUCACUUCGACGCUUUCUCCACUUUACUCCAAAUCUCGUACACCUCCGGUUGAACUUCGAGAAACAUCUGGUAGCCAAUAAUGAGGACUUUCUGCAGUGGUUGGGUACUCCAGAGCUUGCUGCCGGUGCAAAUAGCGCGACCUUCCUUGAUCCCGCCACAAUCGCUUUACCACUCUUGAAGAAGCUCGAACUCGGCCAAUUGAGCGCUCGUGCUGACAUUCUUGUCGCUCUUAUCAAGAAGUUCGCAGCGACUCUAGAAAAUCUAAGUCUUUGGAGGAUGAACCUUCGCGCUGUUGCCGCUGCACCGUUCGGGCACAAGCCCAAUUUCUGGAGAGAAUUCUUUCACAAGCUAUCCACAGACCAGAAGCUUGCCCUCAAUCAUUUGAAAGUCGGUAUCUUGCAGCAAGAUCACAUGCACGUGGGAUUCAAGCGAGAGGAUUCUGACGAUGAGUCAACGACAGCGACCAAAACGGUGAAGGAACAUGCGGGGGCGGAUAUGGGCAAGUUCUGGAAGGAGCUAGAACAGGAAGUGACUGUGAAGUGGCCAGAAGAGACACACCUGGUUGACGCCUCAGACGAAGAUGAAGACGAGGAAAUGGGAGAUGACGAUGACAACGACUUCACUGACGAGGAUGACGACGACGAGGAUGACGAGUAG